AUGGAGAAAAUAAACGCCCAUAGUGUUAUGUGCAGUUCCUACAUAACGUAUCGAGGCAUCUAUGAGAACAUAAACCAAAACAGCAAGUCCUUCAAGAACCUGCUAAAAGAGGAAAAGGCGUACAAUAAGUUAAUAGGGAAGACCAAUAACAUAAAUGAUUUUUUCUCGAAUUACAAGAAGACCUACCCGUACGGCAUAAAUUUAAUCCUCGGUAUAUUCCUCACCUUUUUGAGUGGGUACUACGGGAGCCUCUUGUUGGGAUUCACCAAAUUUACGACGCGACUGAUAUGCGGAAUUGUAUUCUCCUACGUCACCCUCAUUCUGGAAGUUAUUAUUUUUAUAAUUAUUAACGAGAAAAUAGAAAAUCUGAAAAGGAGUCAAAAGAGCGCAGGAAGUAACUACGGCUUGUACGAAAAGGUAUAUAUUAAGGAGGAGUCUGGUGGCAAGGAAGAGGUGGACUUGGUGGGGGAAGCCGAGUUGGUUGUGCAGGGAGAGGUGCAAGAAAUGAAAGGCGUUGCCGAUAAGCACCCCACGCUGAAGCAGCGUCGGAAGGCUUAG